AAACUGUGAAACGUUUGAUCAUUUUUGCAGAUAUGGAGCAAAAAUUCGUGCGCCGCAUGCCCUGGUGAUGACUUUUCUAUUCAAGAAUGGAAGUUUAAGAGAGAAAUUGAAAUCGAUUGCUCAGGCCACGUACACUCAUUCCCGGAACUUGGCGUUUUUUGUGUUCACCUACAAGGGACUGAUGGCGUUGCAGUCCCGACUACAGGGGAAAAAAAUUCCGUUUCAUUCUUUCUUUGCAGCCUGCAUUGGAGGUUGGCUAGUGUUUGGUGAGAACAACCCCAUCAAUAGCCAGAUUAUUAUGUACCUGCUGUCUCGUAUCCUGUUUGGCUUGUCCCGGUUGGCGGUGGAAAAGGGCUAUGUCCCACAGCCAAAGCAGGAUCCUUUCCCGCUUGUUGCUGCUCUAAUAUGGGGGACAGUUCUCUGGCUCUUUGAAUAUCACCGGCAAACUCUGCAACCUUCUCUGCAGUCCUCCAUGACUUACCUGUAUGAUGAUAGUAACGAAUGGCAUGACAUUUCUGACUUUCUCCUUUAUAACAAAAGGAGUACAAGCAAGUAGUUGGUUCGUUGUGAAACACCUUUGAAUGGGAUGGUACAUUGCAAGAGCUAAGGAAAAAGGUUAUUCUGGUGCUCUUUUCUGAUGGAACUUUUUAAAUUAAUCUCUAUCGAGCAGAGUUGCCUCUUGGGUCUUGGCCAAAAUGUUCUGAUUAGUCUGAUCUCCUGUUGGCUCUGUUUAGAGCAAGCAAACAUCCCACAGAAACUUGUUGCAGUGCCUCAAUGGGAGUAAAACGCUUUAGGAAACUUCAGUUAAAAUAAGUCCUUUUUCUUUUUCCUUUUUUUUUUUUUUUUAAGGCCCUAUUUUUUCCCUUA